ACUUAUCAUACUGACAGUCCACUCUUGAUUUUAAGUUGAGUAGCUUUUCUUCUGAUUGGCUGAGUAAAUGUCAUUUUAUUUAACAGGCAACAUCGUUGCAUAUAUUUCAUAAAAGGUAGCUUAAUUAAUGUAUAUAUAUUUUAUGUACGUGAAUGCAACAUCCGUGUCACCCGCUCACAUGCUAUGUUUGCUAGCCGCGAAUGAUAACAAUAGCGAGCUAGUUUCUAUAGCAUAACAGAACUUGGUCAAAAUGGCUUUGUCCAAAAGUAUUAUUGAGGGCAAGAUGGGUUUAGCUGAUAUGAAGAUCGGCUGCGCGGGCGAUGAAGCAAGCAAAACUGAUUUAACUGGAACAGAAGAGAUUGGGUGUUCGGUUGAUGCAGGAGCUGUGGUUCUGAAAACGUGUGUGUUGGAGGGCUUCAAUGAGAGGGACAUGACCGAAGCUCUCAUCGCCAGUCUGCCGGAGGUCCACGGAGAGCUGGCCAGCAGAGAGUCCACCACGGAGAAGCUCCUUGUGACACUCAACCAGUACAGAGACCAGCCUCAUCUUCUAGACCCACACCUGGAAUGGAUGGUGAAUAUGAUACUGGAAUUCGUGAGGAAGGAAGACUGCCCUUUUUCCCUGUUUCAUUUGGGCUUCAAGUUUCUUUACGUCAUCUGUAAGGUGCGAGGCUAUAAAAUCUUCAUGCGACGUUUCCCUCAUGAGGUCGCUGACAUCCAGCCGGUUCUGGAUUUGCUGUCCAGGCAGGACCCGACAGACACGGAGACAUGGGAGACGCGCUACAUGCUGUUGCUGUGGCUGUCCAUGACGUGCCUCACGCCCUUUGACCUUUCUCGUCUGGAUGGACAUUUGGAGUCUGAAUGUGGCCAAGCCAGAGUGCCCAUCAUGGACCGUAUUCUGGCGAUCGCGAAGUCGUAUCUCGCCGUCAGUGAUAGUUCCAGGGAUGCUGCAUCUGUGCUGGUAUCCAAGUUCAUGACACGUCCUGAUGUGCAAAAGAAGUGCCUUGGAGACUUUUUGGAAUGGAGCCUUCGCACUAUAUCCCAAACAAAUGACCAGUCAGUGCACUCCAUUAUGUUGCUGGAUGGAUCUCUUCAGGCCCUGGCGACGCUUUUCAAACACGGCAAACGUGACGACCUCUUACAGCACGCUCCUACCGUUUUGCAGUGUCUGGAACAGAAACAUCUGUCAGAGAGCAGUGAGGCCAUGCUGAGGAAGCUCAACGUCAAACUGAUCCAGAGACUGGGCCUCACCUACCUGAAGCCUCGUUUGGCCCCUUGGAGGUACCAGAGAGGAAGCAGGUCCAUAACAUCCACUCUUUUGACCAACACUCACUCAACAGAGACCGGAGCCGUCAAAGGGACACAAGUGGAGGAGGAUUAUGAUAUUCCUGAGGAGUUAGAGACCGUUAUUGAGCAUCUGCUGGUGGGACUUAAGGAUAAGGAAACAAUAGUGCGUUGGUCUGCAGCAAAAGGUGUGGGGAGAGUGACGGGGAGGCUUCCAAAGGAGCUAGCAGAUGAGGUGGUCGCAUCAGUGCUGGACUGCUUCAGCUUCCAGGAAACUGACAACACUUGGCAUGGAGGCUGUCUGGCUCUUGCGGAACUUGGACGGAGAGGCCUACUGCUGCCCUCCAGAUUGACAGAUGUUGUGCCACUCAUCAUCAAGUCCCUGACCUACGAUGAAAAGAGGGGUGCGUGCAGCAUCGGCUCCAAUGUCCGCGACGCCGCCUGCUAUGUGUGCUGGUCCUUCGCCAGGGCGUAUGAUCCCAAAGAGCUCAAGCCGUUUGUCAAUCAAAUUGCCAGCUCUUUGCUGAUCGCAACGGUUUUUGAUCGAGAUGUCAGCUGCCGUAGAGCUGCCUCUGCUGCUUUCCAGGAGAACGUUGGCAGACAGGGUACAUUUCCACAUGGUAUUGACAUUGCAACUACAGCUGACUAUCAUGCUGUGGGGAACCGCAACAACUGCUAUCUGAACAUCAGUGUUUACAUCGCCAGUUUUCCAGAAUACACCAAAGCCAUGAUUGAUCACUUAGUAGCCAUCAAGAUCAACCACUGGGAUAGUGCCAUUCGGGAGCUUGCAUCCAAAGCCCUCCACAACUUGACUACUCAAGCCCCUGAUUACAUGGCGAUGUCAGUUCUGCCGCAGCUGUUGCGCAUGGCAGUGGCUCCUGAUCUUCACGGUCGCCAUGGAGCCAUCUUGGCGUGCGCUGAGGUCACACAUGCGCUCUCCAAACUGGGCCAGCAUACCAGCAGGACUGUAGUGGACAUAAUUCCUUCAGAAUGUGUGGAGGCAUUGAAAGACGUUCAUCAGAAGCUACAAGACAGGAAACAGUACAGGGGAUAUGGUGGAGAGCUGAUGAGACUAGCGAUGUGCAGACUUAUUGAAAAGCUUUCCCUGGCCAAAAUGCCCUUCAAGACCGACCCAGUAAUCACCGGCUGGCAGUGGCUUAUUGAUGACACCAUCAAGACUCUGCAUUUGGUCUCUAGCGGCGCCAAGGAUGGCAUCAUGGCUGCUGUGGUGUGUGCCUUGACGGCCUUGUGUGAGGAGUACUACCAGGCCCAGCCCGGCCAGGCUGACUCAGAGAAGCAGAGUGUCCUCGUGUCUCAGUACAUUGAUGAGCUGAAGAGCCAACAGAUGCUAACCCGUUGCGGCUCUGCCCUCGCCCUCGGCUGUCUGCCAAGCUUUAUGAUCCACGGUAAACUGAAGCAGAUCCUAGAGGGUCUUCGGUGGAUGCACGCCGCAUGUCAGAGUGAGGGGCGUUUCCCAGAGGCCAGGAGGGAUGCGGUCCGAGCUGUGGCUCAAGUGUGUAUAAAGGCGGGCGUCUGUGCCAGCGGACCCCCUGCCUCAGUUCUCUGCUCGGACAAUAUAGCUGAGGUGUACAGCGUCCUGCUGGACAGCAUGGAUGACUACAGCAUGGACAGUAGGGGCGACGUGGGCGCGUGGGUGAGGGAGGCAGCCAUGAGUAGCCUGAAGGACGUGACUGUCCUGGUGAUCAGAACUGCUCCAGAGAUCCUUCUCCCGGACCAGGUGAAGUGCAUGAUGUGCGGCCUGGCCCGGCAGGCAGCAGAAAAGAUUGACCGCUACAGAGCGCACGCCGGCAACGUCUUCACGCAGCUCCUCCACUGCUCUGACCCCGCAGUACCUCACAUCCCCCACCGAGAGGAGCUGCUGAGCAUCUUCCCUCCGGAGGUCAAAGCCAACUUGAACUGGAACGCCCCAUCCCAAGCCUUCCCUCAUAUCACCCGGCUGUUGGGGCUGCCUGAGUACCAGUAUCACACCCUAUUAGGCCUCACAGUGUCUGUGGGUGGCAUGACCCAAUCCACAGUGCUGUCUUCAUCCCAGUCUAUGUUUGACUACCUGCGAGGGAUCCAGGACGACCAUGCUGCUCUAGAAGACUUUAGAGACACUUUGCUAAAAAUCUUUAGGGAUAAUGUCCGCAACGACAGGAUCGCCCUCCCUUUCCUUAAGAUGCUAAAUCAGUUGUUGUCUAACGGCUCCUUCGACAUCUUUACCACGGAAGAAAAUCACCAGUUCUGCGUGGACCUCCUGGCACUGUGCGAAGGCAUCAGGAGAUCCAAAGAUGUCUCCAAGCUCCGCGCCUGUGUCGGCGUCUACUGUGGCCUCAUCCAGUUCCAGGGUGACGUCAGGAAGAAGAUCCUCUCCCAGCUGUUGAUGUUGCUCUGCCAUUCCUUCCUUGUGAUAAGGACGACCACCGCCAGCCAGAUGUAUGAGAUGCUGCUGACGUACGAUGAUGUCGUUGAUCCGGAGGUUUUGGAUGAUGUCAUGACUCUGCUCAGUGACACUAACUGGGAGAGCGACCCUGCCACCCUACGCAACUCCAGAAAUCAGCUUUGCGAUUGGCUGGGAGUCCCCAGGCCGCGGUUGGUUGCGAAGAAACCAGCCUAACAUUCCUGAUAAUGUGUCCAAUGCAAGGUAUGAUUGUCUGAAUGAAUGGAUGGCAUCAUGUAUGGAAAUCCAUGAUAAUAAAUAGCCCAAAACAUCCCUCGCGUCCACUCUUCUGUCCCGAUUCAAAGUGAAGGUACCCUCGCAGUCAUCUGUCUGCAUCACCUGAGUGCUCCCCUGGCAGGUGAAACCCUCCACAAUUGGAGCAUUUUGGCAGUCAUGACCUUCUUGGUUGUCCGCCUAUUAAAACAGAAGCCAUUGUGUUGCUGUUUGUCAGUGCUGAUAGUGUCCACAUUGUCCUCCUUUUGACUCGUGACAAAGCUGCAGUUGUUGCGUCAUGGUUUUGGACUGACACUCUUAGCAAUAUUGCAUUACAUUCUUUGGUAAUCUGAUUCAUUUAACGAGAUUUAUUUUUUUAUUUUUCCUGUGAGAAAUGUGCUCUCACCCUUAUUUAAAGUGGGUGAAAAGCUUCAAUGUGUUCUCUAGUCUUUUUAUUGGAACUCAUUUGCUUGUGCUUGCGUACCACAUGGUGUGGCUCGUUGUACCCCCUCAUAUUUCAGCAAACAGGGACAAGACUAUAGACAUUUAACUUGGGCAUACUGCAGAGUAGUCAGUGUACAGCUUGUAUUGCAGUGCAUCGGAACCCUGGUUAGCGUCAUUAAUCCGUCCCAGGUCUGACUCUAACCGAAAGGGACGCUGACAGAAUCCAUUUCUCCCAAAAGAAAUAAUGUAAAUCCAAUCAAUCCGUUCCAGGAAGCCAAACAUUUUAACACAGAAUAUGUUUUUGUUGUUGCGUAAUUAUAGUUUUACAUUCAAAGUGCAUGCAAAUGAGGAAUGGGAGGGAUAAAAGAACAUUUAACGUCACUUUUACCUUGAUUGAAGACAUACUGUAAUUGUUGACAAAGAUGGCAAUGUGGCACCGAGAGCCACUCGGACACCACUUUUGUGUUUUUUUACAAAUUAUUUAUUUAAUUGCAACUUUCUUUGGCUCCAUUUUGGGUUAUUUUGCAUCCCCGAUGAAAAGAAAAGCAGAUACUUGUGGUGUAAAGAGCCAACCACCAAUGACAUCAUAGACGGGCGACAAAGCUGACUUCCGCUUCCUGUUUCAAUGUAUUAGCAAGCUAAUAGGCGGCUAACAAGGACAGUUUGUGAUCAAAAUACAUUAAAAACAGAGGCACUUUAUUAAUAACACAACAAGACCCGCACCAAAUUGUACGCUAACCGGAAAAAGUACACAUAUAGAGGCUAAAUUUUGGUGUAAACUUUUGACGUUAACCGAAAAACCCGCUAACUGAUGCUUAAGCUAACCGUGUUUCCAACGUAUAGCUUUACUAUCCACGGAAAAUGACAACACAAAGCCACUAUUGUCUAACACCAGUGAGUACACCUCACAGUGAGCAUAAAUGUGUCCGAAGUGUCAAUAUUUAGUGUGAGUGUUAGCUAGCACAAGCCAUAAUACACCAGAGCUGCACAUGUUGAAUUCUCUGUUCUCUUUCAGUAUGUCAUGGUACAUGUUGGAAUUCAUGUUUUCCCUGAAUGAACCGCAGCUCCCCAGUGCCGCCAGCACUCAAGCAGCACUACCACCCCCUACCCUUGACUGUAUGCAAGCCACAAUUAUCUAGCUGCUCACUUUUGUUCCCAGCUAUUGAGACAAUAAUAGUUGUGUGUUGUGUCAUAGUACUGAACAGUAACAAGUCUAAUGUAUAUGCCGUACCCGUUUGUCCCUUGAGGAGAUGUAUUGUACCAAAAAUGCUUGCUGCUCAGUACAUUCUGUUGCGGUUGGCUGUGACUUUGUAUUUGUAGUCGUAUAUAUGAUGUUCUCAUGUUGUCAUGUGAAGGUUCCUCGAUAGCAGCUACAAGGCUCUAUUGUUGUUAAGAAAUGCGGUCAUAUAAGUGAUAUUAUUGUUUAUUGUGUCAGUGGUUCACAUUCACUCUCGCCAACAGCAGGCGUCGUUAUAUAUUUGUCUCCGAGAGUCUUAAUAUCGCCCCGGCCACAUAAUUCGACUUUAAUUAAUUCCCAGCCCAGAUGGAAAUUCCUGAAGUGUUGUUUUUUGUUG